GCAGGUUUCGCCGGCCAGCUGUGACUGAGCUUCCCCAUUAGAGUCAAAGGAAGCCGAGGCGGAAACAAAGGGAAUCCGAGCUCAUGGAGCACAAUCACAUCUACAGCAGCCUGUCAGCCAACAGCAGCGCCUGGGGUGCGGGUCAGCACACCCCCGGGCUCCAAGCCUGUCCCCUGGGGACGCUGCCCGUCAUCUACUACAGCGCACUACUCUGCCUCGGCCUCCCCGUUGCAAACAUCCUCACAGUGAUCAUCCUGUCACAGCUGGUGCUGCGGCGCCAGAAGUCCUCCUAUAACUACCUUCUGGCGCUGGCGGUGGCGGACAUCUUGGUGCUCUUCCUUAUCGUCUUCGUGGACUUCUUGCUAGAGGACUUCAUCCUGGGCAGCCAGCUGCCCCCCUCCCUCAACAAGACGGUGCAGGUGUUGGAGUUUGCUUCCAUGCACACCUCCAUAUGGAUCGCCGUGCCACUGACAGUGGAUCGCUACAUCGCCGUGUGCCACCCACUGCGUUACCACGCCAUGUCCUACCCUGCCCGCACACGUCGCAUCAUCCUGCUUGUCUACCUGGGCUGCCUGCUCUCUAGCACCCCCUACUACUGGUGGCCAGAGCUCUUGCAGGGCUCCACUGGAGCUAGCAGCCCCGGCCAGCACGUGCUAGUGUGGGCGCACUGCGUCACUGCCUACCUGGUGCCCUGCUCCAUAUUCUUUGUCCUAAACUCGGUGAUUGUCCACAAGCUUCAUCGGCGGAGCUGCUUCCGCCUGCGGGGAUACUCCACGGGCAAGACCACCGCCAUCCUGCUUGCAAUCACCUCCGUCUUUGCGGUUCUGUGGGCGCCACGCGUGGUUAUGAUCCUCUACCACCUCUACACGGCCCCGCCCACCGCGCCGGGCCCCACGCGCUUGCUCCACCUCGUCACCGACGUGGCUAACAUGCUGGCGCUGCUCAACACCACCAUCAACUUCUUCCUGUACUGCUUCAUCAGCAAGCGCUUCCGGGUCAUGGCUGCCACCACACUCAGGGCUUUCUUCCGGUGCAGGAAGCAGCCGGCUCACUUCUACGCCGGUCACAACUUCUCCAUCACCAGCAGUCCCUGGAUCUCGCCGGCAAACUCCCAUCGCAUCAAAAUGCUGGUCUACCAGUAUGACAAAAACGGAAAGCCGGUCUGCAUCUCCUCCUGAGAAUCGCCUCUCCGUUUUUUUGUUUUGAAGAUACUGAAUUUUCCCAGUAUGAGCUGCGGGGAGGCAUGUCAUUGGUUAAUCGUGGCCACCUGACUAGGAACCACAAUUGAAGAAGAAACUCUAACAGAAUCUGGACAGGCAGGCUUCAGGAUCAUUUCUGGUUAGAAAGCAUACAUAGUUAUUCCGAAGAUAAGCAGCACUUUCUUUGAAUAGAAAAGCCAAUCUAGAGAGCUGAUUAUGUGGUUUCCUCUAGAGGUCCCUGUCGUUUAAGGUACCCAAACCUGCAGCAUUAUGAAAGCUGGAGAAGGCAGAUGAGAAGCAGCCCGGCCCCUGGCAAAUGGUGAGCGCUGUUCCUUAAUACUGGUCUGGAUUUCCCCAGCGGGAGUCAGCUAGUUCCACGGGGAAUGAAGAUUGCUCACUCUGCUUACUCCGUUGGUUUCUGGGACCUUCUAAAGAUGUGUGACUCACCACAGGAGCUAUGACCUAUGACCUCAGCUCUGGGGUUCAUGUUUCUGUUUGGCAUGUCGUCGGUAUCCACAGCAACAAAUAAUGACGGACUCGUCAAAAAAGAGACACUAAAAAGACAGAUUAUAUUUCCUCUAUUUUACUAUUUUUUUGCUAUAUUUAACACAGCUGUACUAAUUAGUGAUGGCGCUGUGCAAUAAAGACCACAAACUGCAAAAUGCUAAUGCAGAAUAUGUAGCUGCAGCACUGUAGCACAUGGAAUAGUGACUGUUAGAUACACAGA